GUGCUGGAGGGGUGUGAACCGGCGUCACUGCUUCGCGGUUUGAGUUAGUGUCAUCCUUUUUUCCAUCAUAGGCAACUAAAGCAAAUCUGCCACAAUGUCGAGCAAAAGAGCCAAGGGAAAGACCACUAAAAAGCGCCCUCAGCGCGCCACCUCCAACGUGUUUGCCAUGUUCGAUCAAUCACAGAUCCAGGAGUUCAAAGAGGCUUUCAAUAUGAUCGACCAAAACCGUGACGGAUUCAUAGACAAAGAGGACCUGCAUGACAUGCUUGCUUCCUUAGGUAAAAACCCCACAGAUGAAUAUCUGGAGGCCAUGAUGAAUGAAGCCCCUGGUCCUAUUAACUUCACAAUGUUCCUGACGAUGUUUGGAGAAAAGCUGAAUGGCACAGACCCGGAGGACGUCAUCAGAAAUGCAUUCGCAUGCUUCGAUGAAGAGGGUACAGGUUUCAUCCAAGAGGAUUACCUUCGGGAGCUGCUGACCACCAUGGGAGACAGAUUUACAGAUGAGGAGGUAGAUGAGCUCUUUAGGGAGGCGCCCAUUGACAAGAAGGGAAACUUCAACUAUGUGGAGUUCACGCGCAUCCUAAAACAUGGUGCCAAGGAUAAAGAUGACUGAGAUGGGACACUACUGCUGACACCAUACAUUCAGAGAACUUUGUCUAUAUGUUAUCCUUUGUGCGUUUGUCUUUGGUUUUUACUUGGUUUAGAACAUCCAACAUGCCUAAGCUCAUAGUGGAAACUGCAGAAGGUUAACUUCAAGGUAAGACAUAGGGCUGUUUAAUCAUGUGACCUGCCGACCUUGUCCUAGACAGAUCUUAGCAGAUUUGUACUGUAGUCUGAAUUCAAAAAACCAUAAAAGCAAUGAUGUGCAUAACAGUAUCUGUUACCUGUAUAAGAGGGUUGCAAUAAAUCCCAGAAUAUGACAUCACUCAUAUUUACCUGGUUUAAGCUGGAUUUUCACGUUUUGUAAGUUAACUUUUGAAAUAAAGCUUUA